AAUAGCCUAUGUAGUCUGUGAUUCUAUGUUGAUUUGAUUUGUUUUCAUACAAUCUUUCCUGAAUUUCAAGUGUUGAAUUCGUGUAAAAAUGGCUGGAGAAGUGGUUGUUGACGCUUUGCCUUACAUAGAUCAAGGAUAUGACGAUCCUGGAGUCCGGGAGGCGGCCCUGGCUAUGGUGGAGGAGGAAUGCCGUCGGUACAGGCCCACAAAGAACUAUCUAGAAAACGCUGGUCCGGAGCCGAGCUCUGCGUUCGAGACGCCGGCGCUGCAGCGCGAGAUGGAGCGCGUGCAGCAGCGCCUGCCCAUGGAGCCGCUCUCCAUGAAGAGAUACGAGCUGCCCCCACCGCCGGCGGGGCGGCUGGGCGAGCCCGGCGCGUGGGGCGAGGCGGUGGACAACUCGCACGCGCAGCUGUCGCACCAGGCGGCGCGCGUGCUCAACCUCGAGCUGCAGCUGCAGUACGGCGCCGAGGCGUGGCGCUCCUACCUGCACACGCUGCAGGCGUUAGUUAACAAGGCGCAGAACCAACAUUCUGAGCUCAGGAAGCAGAUAGCGGCAGUGAACUGGGAGCGCAAGUGCUCGCAGACGGCGAGCGGCGCGCGGCUGCGGGCGCUGCGCCGGCGCUGGGCGCAGCUCGUGUCCGACAACUACCGGCUCGAGCGCGCGCUCAUACAGCUCGAGACGCAGCUGCAGAAGGCCCGAGGAGAGGCGACAGACGAUAACCUGCCCGCCAACCUCGAGAUCGCGAAGCUGCUGCCCGACAAACUCAACUCAGAGACUGAGAAGGAGGUGCAGAAGAAAAUUGAAGACAUGUUUGCUGACUAACUUACGUAAAAAUAAUGAUACUUGCAGUUGUAUGAAUGUAUGGCGUGCGUGUGUUUUAUGAUUAGGAUAAGGUGUAAAUAAAAA